CUGAAAAAAAAUCAGCAAUAUAAUUUUAUAAGAGAAAGCUAUUGAUUCAAUGUUUUUUAAAAUUAACAGCCUAUUAAUAAAUUAAUGAUUCGUCAUUUGUAACCAUGCACAUUAAGCAGGUUAUUAUACAAGGAUUCAAGAGUUACCGGGAACAAAUUGUUGUUGAACCCUUUGAUAAAAGACAUAAUGUGGUUGUAGGGAGAAAUGGAUCCGGAAAGAGUAACUUCUUUCAUGCCAUACAGUUUGUGCUCAGCGAUGAGUUCUCACACCUCAGACCGGAGCAGCGACUGGCAUUGCUGCAUGAAGGCACAGGGCCAAGGGUUAUAUCAGCCUUUGUUGAAAUCAUAUUUGAUAACUCUGAUCACAGAAUACCGAUUGAAAAAGAUGAAAUAUUCUUAAGAAGAGUGAUUGGAUCAAAGAAAGAUCAAUUCUUUCUAAACAAAAAAGUUGUACCUAGAUCAGAGGUUCUAAACCUUCUAGAAAGUGCUGGAUUAUCCAAUUCUAAUCCAUAUUAUAUUGUUAAACAAGGAAAGAUCAACCAAAUGGCAAUCGCUCCAGAUUCCCACAGACUGAAGUUACUUAGAGAAGUGGCUGGUACAAGAGUGUAUGAUGAGCGCAGAGAGGAAUCUGUUACUAUUCUUAAAGAAACUGUUGGAAAGGUGGAAAAAAUAAAUGAGUUUCUACAGACUAUAGAAGAACGUUUAAAGACUCUUGAAGAGGAGAAGGAAGAGCUGAAGGAGUAUCAGAAAUGGGACCGAGCUCGCCGAGUGCUAGAAUUCAUCAUACAUGAUACCGAGCAUAGAGAGAACAAGCGGAAACUAGAAGAGUUGGAGAAGAUGCGUUCCAAUAGUGGCAAAGAGCAGCAGCAUUAUGCAGACUUGGUGAGAGAAGCCCAGGACCAUGUGAGAGAGGCCAACAGAAAACUAAAAGAAGCUCGCAAGGAUGUGGCAGCUGCUAGAGAGGAAAAGGACAUCCUGUCUACGGAGCAGCAGCAGCUGCUGCGGGAGAAGACCAAGCUAGAGCUCGGAAUCAAAGACCUCACUGAUGAUGUGGAUGGAGAUAAUAAAUCAAAAGAAAGAGCUGAAGCAGAGUUGGAGAGACUGAGACAGCAGAUAGCGGAGAAGGAGAGAGAGUUGGAGGAGUUGAAGCCGAAGUACGAGGAGAUGAAGGCGCGCGAGGAGGAGUGCACGCGCGCGCUGGCUCUCAACCAGCAGAAGAGACAGGAGCUGUACGCCAAGCAGGGGAGGGGAACUCAGUUCACCUCCAAACAGGAUAGGGACAGAUGGAUCGAGAAGGAAUUGAAGUCAUUAAACAAGCAAAUUAAAGACAAGAAAGACCAUGAGAAUAAACUUAAAGAAGACUUACGCCGCGACGCGUCGAAGCUGACAGAGUUACAGAAGAGAAUAGAAGAGACGACGAAGGAGAUGGAGAGGCAGCGCGUGGCCAUCGACGAGCACAACAAGCAGUACUACGAGUGCAAGAAGAGAAAAGACCAGGAGCAGAGUACUAGGAAUGAACUUUGGCGUAAAGAAACAACAUUGACACAAAACUUGUCGUCAUUGAAAGAUGAUUUGGCGAAAGCGGACCAGGCGCUGCGCUCUAUGGCUGGAAAGCCUAUUUUGAACGGACGAGACAGUGUCCGUAAAGUGUUAGAGACAUUCCAAGAGCGCGGCGGCGAGUGGGCUAAGAUCGCCACACAGUACUACGGACCUGUUAUUGAAAACUUUACUUGUGAGAAAACUAUUUAUACUGCAGUUGAGGUGACAGCGGGCAACAGGCUGUUCCACCACAUCGUGGAGUCAGACACGGUGGGCACCAAGAUCCUGAAGGAGAUGAACCGGCAGAGCCUGCCCGGGGAGGUCACCUUCAUGCCGCUCAACCGUCUGCAAGUGCGCGACAUGAUCUACCCUAAUGACAACAACGCGAUCGCAAUGGUACAGAAGUUAAAGUACGAUCCGAAGUACGCGAAAGCUAUGAAGUACAUAUUCGGGAAGACGCUCAUCUGCAGGAACCUGGAGUGCGCCACAGAACUCGGCAAGCAGUUCCACCUCGACUGCGUCACGCUGGAGGGGGACCAGGUAUCAUCGAAAGGUUCCCUAACGGGAGGCUACUUCAACCAGUCGCGGUCUCGUCUGGAGAUGCAGAAGACGAGGUCGGAGCUGAUGGAGCAGAUAGGCAGCCUGGAGCGGGAGCUAAGCGCCCUAAGGCAGGAGCUGAGCAGCACGGAGACCAGCAUCAAUACCAUAGUGUCAGAGAUGCAGAGGACGGAGACCAAGCAGGGGAAAGCAAAGGACAUCUUCGACAAGGUGAAGGCGGACAUCCGGCUGAUGAAGGAGGAGCUGGCGUCCAUCGAGAGGUUCCGCGGGCCCAAGGAGCGCUCGCUGGCGCAGUGCCGCUCCAGCCUGGAGGCCAUGCAGGCCACCAAGGAGGGGCUGGAGUCCGAGCUGCACCAGGAGUUGAUGGAGCAGCUGUCGACGGCGGACCAGGGCAAGGUGGACGAGCUGAACGACGCCAUCCGCCGCCUCACGCAGGAGAACAAGGAGGCCUUCAGCCAGCGCAUGAACCUCGAGGCCAACAAGAACAAGCUGGAGAACCUGCUCACCAACAACCUCAUCAGACGUAAGGACGAGCUGGUGCAAGCUCUCCAGGAGAUAUCAGUGGAAGACAGGAAGCGGCGGCUGGCGAACAGCAAGUCGGACCUGACUGCAGCAGAGAAGAGAAUAAGACAGAUCAACAAGGAGAUGGAGGAGGUGGAGCGCAAGGUGCAGGCCGCGGUCAAGAACGAGAAAGCACUCAAAUUGGAAUUAGAUAAAUGGAGGAAUAAAGAGAAAGAGGCUCAAGACAAGAUGGAGGAGGACGCUAAAGGUCUGGAGAAGAUGGCCUCCAAGGAGGUGCUGCUGCAGGAGAAGAUCCAGGAGUCGCUGGACAAGAUCGCGGCGCUUGGAACACUGUCCAACGCGCCGGAGCUGCACGCCAAGUACCAGAAGAUGUCGCUCAAGCAGUUGUUCAAAGAGCUGGAGAAAGCGAACCAACAUCUGAAGAAGUACAACCACGUGAACAAGAAGGCCCUCGACCAGUUCAUCAGCUUCUCCGAGCAGAAGGAGAAGUUGUACAAGAGGAAGGAGGAACUGGAUAUAGGUGGUGAGAAGAUCCGCGAGCUGAUCGAGACGCUGGAGCACCGCAAGCUGGAGGCGAUCCAGUUCACCUUCAAGCAGGUCAGCAAGAACUUCACGGAGGUGUUCAAGAAGCUGGUGCCGCACGGCCGCGGCGCGCUCAUCAUGCGCGUCGCCGCUGAUGACGUCAGCGACGCCCUUGCCGAGCGUGCGAACGCGGACCAGUUCACGGGGGUGGGUAUCAAGGUGUCGUUCACUGGCGGCGAGGGCGACAUGCGCGAGAUGAACCAGCUCUCCGGCGGACAGAAGUCGCUGGUGGCGCUCGCUCUCAUCUUCGCCAUACAGAAGUGCGACCCCGCGCCCUUCUAUCUCUUCGAUGAAAUCGAUCAGGCAUUAGACGCACAGCACCGUAAAGCGAUAGCGAACAUGAUCCACGAGCUGUCAGUAUCAGCGCAGUUCAUCACGACCACGUUCCGGCCCGAGCUGCUCGAACACGCGCACAAGUUCUACGGCGUCAAGUUCCGCAACAAGGUGUCUCACGUAGAGUGCGUCUCGCAGGACGAAGCGCGGGACUUCGUAGAGGACAGCGCUACGCACGCGUAGGUUACGGACGAUUCGGAGACAAUUUGUUGAACAUAUUAAGAUUUGGAGCCAUUUUGUUGAACAGUUUAAGAUUUGGAGACAUUUUGGUUGAACAGUUUAAGAUUUGGAGACAUUUUAGUUGAACAGUUUAAGAUUUGGAUACAAUUUGUUGAACAGUUUAAGAUUUGGAGACACUUUGUUGAACAAUUUAGGAUUUGAUGACACUUUGUUGAACAAUUUAGGAUUUGAUGACACUUUGUUGAACAAUUUAGGAUUUGAUGAAACUUUGUUGACCAGUUUAAGAUUUGGAAACAUUUUGUUGGAAAACACCAAAAUGUGUUAGAGACAACAGUGUCUCUGAAUUUAUCCAACGAAUUGAACGAUUCAGAUACACUUUCAUGUCUUAUGACUUAGAGACAAGAACUUAAUUUUGACGUUAAUAUAUUUUUCUAUCCAAUUUGACUAACUCCAACAACAUCAAGUCUCAAGCGAACUCCAACUCUAAGAAUUUUAUGUUGAUUUUAGAUUAUAAAUAAAUUAAUUUAAAUAUUGUUAAGUCUGAAAGCGAACUGGAAUCGCCGAAUAUGCGACUUGACAUUGUAUAAUAAUAUAGUCCGUAUGACAUUACACUAAUUCUAGUAAAAUUCACUUUGAAUUUGUUGACAUUUAAAAUUAUAAUAGUCCUCAAUGUCACCUAAAAGGCUUCUAUAUCAAAUUUAUCACCGUCGGUUUCCACUGUUGUAAAACGUGUUUAAAAACAUAUCAUUUUCGUUUAUGAGGAUGACCAAUUUUUUUUAUUUUAAGGAUAUGUUGCCUGGAUUUAGUUCAUUCCGGGC